AUGCUGGGACCAGCUCACCUCCAAAGAGUCGCUUGGUUCCAUCCAGUGGGCACCACAACGCCCGUUUGCCUGACACAAACACUUCCCCCUGAUGCUGACGCCUCUAUCCUCAUGUUGGGCUGCGGAGAUGUUAGAAACGUCCUGUUCACGGUUUACUCAGACCUGAGCACGAACAAUCGCCGUCUCGACUUCACAUGCUGCGACAUCGAGUGUGAGAUUCUCGCGCGUAAUAUCAUGCUAUACACCCUCAUUAUGCUUCGAAGCGAUAGUAGCAUUGAAAAAAGGAUCUUCAGCAUAUACUACGACAUCAUGCUGGACGAAGACACUCUCCAAAUCCUCCGCUGGCACGCCACGCGUCUAUGCUAUUUUGCCCAAUCUCUGGAGAAAUGGAACUCGAGCAACUGUGGACGGUAUAUUCGAUUCAUGGACUCAGAGACUCUCGACAACUGUCGGCACAUGUGGGACAUAUACAGCACUGGGCCUGGCACUGGAACUGAAUUUUUGGAGUUACAAAGUAGCCUUCGACAUACCAUUGCCACGGCGCAGGAGGUGCAAUCAUGCUACAUGCAGAACGGCAAGUCGUACUACGGAAUCAAGGCGUUUGCGCCAAUGGCAGAGUAUUCUCCGGAAAUCAUGGCUCUGCGGUAUUCAUACUACUGGCAUCGAGGCGUUACGAAAAUUAGCGACCCGCCGUCAAUGGCUCCCAUCAAGGGAGACUGCGUGCAUAUGAAUCCCAUGUUUGCAACGCGGCGGCCCUCGCUCGUGAUGCACCAUGGCACAGACCCGUAUCGGUCUAUGCACAUGUCUACUGUCUUUGCGCCGCUAGCCGAAAACUCGCCUCUCAAACCGGCCAUGUCCGAUGACAUUGAUCUGCUCUAUGACGUUGCCGUAUCCCAGUUCAAAGAGUAUGCGGAGGCCUUCCGCAAAAAGAUUCGCAACAUCACCAUCCGCGUGGUCAACGCCGAGGCUACUGCCCUCUGUCAUUCCCUGCACUGCCGUUCUUCGUUUGGGAAUGAUCAUAACUCUGGCUGGUACCGUAGUACCUGGGGGUUUGAGCCGUUGGUACUCGACAAUGUGAGAUACACAGAUCCCAUGGCAUUCGACGUGAUUGAUACCUCGAAUCUGGCCGACCACGUUGGCUGCCUGAAUUUGAUUUCUGCUGCUUCUCCCCUGCUCAAGGAAAGCCACACAUCCACGCUCCGAGUAGAAACAGCCAUUAUUCGCGAUGGCCUGGGCCCCGAGAGCGGCGUCGACAUUCUGGGCGGUCAUUUUGCAGCCAUAUCGUCGAUAUUUGGCCUUGGAUGCAUGCAUUACUGGACCCAGAACGGGAAUACGCCUGUUUUCCCCGAGCAGGCUCUCCAAGACCUGCCCAGGAGUGUCUUUCACGGAUCAUCGAUAUACUGCCGCUCCGCUAUUGAAUGGCGGCACAUGGGAGCUGGCAAUAAACUCAGAAUGGACGACCUUGAGCUCGCACGGAUCAUGGCAAUGAUGUACGUCGAAAUGUUUGGCGACGAAGAUCCAAGAAGCCGGACCCCACGACGCCACAGACAUCAGCAGUACUCUCGCGCCAGCUUUGUGGCUGCUGUGGGCGCUAUUAGAAAGGCUGUGCAGGUUUCGAACUGGGAUGUGGUUGUGGAAGAAGUUUUUAGUCUCGUUAGACAGGACUGUACCGUGGACUUUCGGUACAAGGAGGAUUUUUACUUGCAUAUGCAUCUGCAGGGUGUGUAUACAAGCCCACGAUAUAACGGGGUUAUCUCGUAUAUCAACCAGUCGCAGCCGGGACUGCUGUCUCAGUGGAACCAUAUCCCAUCUGCCAUUUGCAUGACAAUGGUAAUCCCACGAGAAAAGCUGGAGUUUGUGGGGAACAAUUUCUCGUUGGCCAGUCUUGUUGCGCAGGUGUGUCUUCGGACGCCUAAUAACCGCACGCAUGCCAACUAUGAUUGCUUCCAAAGCGUGCAGAUGGAAUUUGGCCGCGUCCACACUACUGGGAAACGCUAUACCGAGACAUAUAGCGUCACAGUGCAGUCGGACAGCGAAAACUGGGAGGGCACCAGUGAUCUGAUUGCCUCGGCGAUGAUUCCAACGUGGAAACUUCUCGAGCACCCAUCUCUGCAAUUCGAAGCUGCGUUUUCUAUUCGAGAUUUUGGGGAUCCACAGGGGACGCUGAGCAAAGAGCUCGGCGAGGAUCUGAUUAUCUUUAGCGAUAGUCUCAGUGGGAGUAGCAUUUUUCUGACUCAGAAUCGGCCGCAUAUUCCUGGCCCAAUGUGGUUCUCGUCACUUUCUGCACGCGCCGACAAUGGUCGGUGCCCUGCUGUCCAGUUCCAGCCAUACUACGGUGAAAAGACGUUGGCAGUAGAGGGCGUUGCCUCACCGGACCUCGAUGUCCUUGUCGAAAUCCCGGCACGGACGGUGCUAAUCGGCGAUUCCAUCCUAGUCAUAUCCAUUUCUGCUUUUCAGCACAUCAUGCAGAUACCAGGGUGGCGAGGUCGUCCGAGUGGGAAUGUCGAUCUGUUCCUUCCCAUGCCUGUGACCAGCGGGCUUGUCGGCUGUGACUCGCUGCGGCCAGUGUACGGCAGGCUGAAGCGCUCGUGCUAUGUGCCAACACUGGAAUGGCUGUUCCAACAACCCAACAGCCUGUUUCCGGUGUUUCUCGAUCAGGGGAAGCCAAUAUUACAAAACCUGCACUAUGUCAACCUCGACAAGCUGCCGGUUUUGGACGUGUCCCGUAAACACGAUUUUGGAUGGGUGCAUAAUCAUAUCACGGCGACACUUUCAUAUAAGGAGGAAGUAGCUAACCACAAUCAGCCCAUGAUCGAUCGCUUGGAGAACUGCGACGUGCGAGUCAGUUUCAAAAGCUCACUUUUCCGUAUCUUCGACGGGUUCAUUCACAACAAGGACGGCCCGAUUCCGUUGCUGAUUAGCAACAUCAGAGAAGGCCGGGUGUUUUUGGUCUGCCCAUCUGCCAUGCGUCAGGAUCUCUCGAGCAAAACCCUUGUCCUGGACUGCGCCGUGACACAUCUCAACAAGUACAGUCUCCCGUACCUGCGUCCCUGGCUCGAUGGCACGGAGCCUUGCGAUUUCAAGCAGAUUAUUGUCAGUGACGACGAGCUGCUAAUGUGGAAGCACACUCUACCUGCCUUUGUCGAACGCUGCCGCACAUGGUCCCAUACCUCGUCCUGUGAAUAUCUCAGUGUACAACGAAUCCCGCUGUCGACGGAGAACAUGGAACCGGGCAUAUUCUGUUCGUGUGCAUAUGCUUUUGGCUCCUCCUCCUCCUCCAACAAAAACUACGACAUCGGCAACGACCAGCUCUUGUCCUGCCUAACACCGCGCCACGCAGUCCGCGCUGCAUUGACCCUACCAUUCCCCACCCCCUUUGGACCCUCGAGUGUGGACACUGACGUGGCCGUGUGGACAGAACAUAUACAGCCGCAGAAGCGCCCGCAUCCGAUGGAUGGGAGGGUUAGGGAUAUUCAGUGGUGUGCUGUUUGUGCGCGUACAGAGGAUGAGGAAGGUGUUUUGCUGCGGUCGUGCGUGCACUGCGAGAAGAUCUGGUAUUGCUCUGGUGGAUGUGUGGAUUGGGAUUGGUACUAUGGGGGGCACAAAGCUGCGUGUCAUCGGUUGAGGAGCUUCUCCUAG